AUGGAAUUCUAAUAAAAUCUGCAAACUUCUCCUGUUCCAAUUACUUAGAGCAAUGUAAUAUUGGUAAAUCGAAAGGCAACUGCAGAUUCUAAUAUGACUAAUGAUUCAGCGGAGAAGGAAUUUUUAUUGUUCAAUCCACCAAAGUCAUCUUAAUCUAAUGUUAGAAAACAAAGAAAGAAAAUGGUCAACUAUAUAAAUGUCAUGAGAAGGAAAUUUGAGAACAAAUAACAACUCAAGCCAUCUAUUCAUGAAGUUUUGUUACACUAGGUUCCAGGUGAUUUUAAUAGUAUUAGCAUCGAUAAAAAUAAUUCAAUAUCAUAUCACUUAGAUGAUAUGAAGUAGCAUUCUCUUAUGUCAAGAACAUUCGCAAUAAAUUCUCCAAAUAAAUCUAGUAGUGUCAAUACAAAUAACAACAACAUUUUCCUAAGUUGA